AUGCGCAUGCGGGUGCUGCCGGCGUUCACCUUCAGCUCCAGCACCGCCGCCGCCCCGCCGCCGCCGACUUCGGAUCCUCCUCCUCCUCCUCCUCCUCCUCCUCCGGCGGCAGCACCGGCGGCCUACGCGGUGUACCUCAACAUCUACGACAUCUCCCCCAUCAACAACUACCUCUACUGGUUCGGCCUCGGCAUCUUCCACUCCGCCGUCCAAGUGCAUGGUAUGGAGUUUGGGUAUGGAGCCCACGAAUACGCGACCAGCGGAGUGUUCCAAGUAGAACCGAAAAGCUGUCCUGGCUUUAUCUUCAGGCGCUCCGUGUGUAUGGGCACCACCAAUAUGUCCCGGGCUGAAGUCCGCGCUUUCCUAGAGGAUCUUGCGGAGGAUUAUCAUGGGGACACCUAUCACUUGAUUGUCAAGAACUGUAACCAUUUCACUGCUGACGUCUGUAAGCGUUUGACCGGAAAGCCAACUCCUGGAUGGGUGAAUCGACUGGCCAGAUUAGGUUCCGUCUGCAACUGUGUCCUGCCUGAAAACAUCAAGGUUUCAGCGGUCAGAGAUGAAACUGCACACCUUGAAUUUUCUGAUGAUGAUUUGGAGUCGGACACAUCGAUCAUCGACAGCGACAUCGGUGAUCUAGAUCACCUCCUCACAACAUCAAACAGCGACGUCGUACCCCCGAAAGACAAGACGUUAACUCCUGGAAGGGAUAGCUUGUAA